UGUUCCACAAAGAUGGUAACACUGCCCUGGGCCGUUGUUUCACAGAAGAAGACGAAACUAAAGAGACAGAACAAUAACAACUAGCCGGAGACUGCAACAACAGACGCCCGCAUCGAUAAGCGCUUGCGUGAGGGGGUUAUGAGAGAUCCGCAGCUUUUAAGAGAUUUUAAAAAAGCUUUUUAGUUUAAAAUGAUACAAAGACAUCUUUAAUCAGUCAUAACGUCUGGAGAAAAAUAAAUCAGACGCUGGACAGAUGAAGCUUUCUGGAGUGCGUGCGUUUGCGCACACUGUUAAUCUCCGACGCAUUUAACAUUACACAUCCAACAUCCAACACACACACAAAUUAACUUUGUUGAUUUGUUAGCCUACUUAUAAAUUAUAUAGUCUAUCUAGUCAAAUGGAGUAGCCCUAAAACCGUGAUAUUGAAAUCUACCUUGAAAAAUAUACUGGAAAAUAAUGAUCAAGACAUUUUGUUUUAAUUAAUGGUCACACCACUUGUUGGUUACACCAUUCUUUUAAACUAGAUUUCUCCUUUUGUCAUCUCGGACAUCCUCAGCCGUCACUGAGCCGCGUGUGUGCUGCUGCUGUAGGACCUGAUGUGAUCUGAUCUGACGCACUGAGCACAAUCUGGAGAGGUUGAGGUCACACACACAGUCCACCCCUGCGCUCGAGACCAAACGCAUCAUGAUCCGCCACAAACGGGACAUUUCGAGCAGAAUACCGCUUCAGAGGUUAAGUUCCCUGACAUAUCCGGACGCAGAGCUCUGAAGAGAAAAAUGCAUGAUUCAUGAUGAACUGGGAUGUGGUGGUUCAUCUGCUCCUAUAAUAUUCCUAUAAAACAAUGGCUUGCCGGACUGGAUGCUGCUGCAGCAUCGGAACUCUAAAUGAAGAUAACGCCAGAUUUCUCAUGCUGGCUUUGUUGAUCAUCAUCUACCUGUUAUGUGGCGCAGCGGUGUUCUCGGCGCUCGAGCAUCCAAAGGAGAAGCUCGCCAAGGAGAGAUGGGCUCAGAGGAUCGAGCAGUUCACCCACAAGUACAACCUGAGUCAAGACGACCUGAAGAACUUCCUGAGGAACUACGAGGAGGCCAGUGUGGCGGGGAUCCGCGUGGACGCCACCAGACCGAGAUGGGAUUUCGCGGGAGCUUUUUAUUUCGUCGGAACUGUGGUUUCAACUAUCGGUUUUGGGAUGACGACACCUGUCACUAUUGCUGGGAAGAUAUUCUUAAUCUUUUAUGGGCUUAUUGGUUGUGCUGCCACCAUUUUAUUUUUUAACCUCUUCCUGGAACGUGUCAUCACGGUGAUUGCAUUUGUUUUGAAGUUCUGCCACGAGCGCAGAGAACGCAGCAAAGACGGCCCACCUCAAAACUGCCGGCGUCCUUCCACCGGCAACAGAAGGCGGCGCACGAACAGCUUGGCCGGCUGGAAACCUUCAGUGUACUGCGUCAUGCUCAUUUUAGGAGUCGCAGCCAUCGUGGUUUCCUGCUGCGCGUCUGCUAUGUAUUCGGCGGCCGAGGGUUGGGACUACCUGGACGCCCUCUAUUUCUGUUUCGUGGCUUUCAGCACCAUUGGUUUUGGGGAUAUGGUGAGCAACCAGCGUGAGAUGUACAAAGCUCAAGUGGCCUACAGGGUGGGCAACUUCCUUUUUAUCCUAACAGGGGUGUGUUGCAUCUACUCACUGUUCAACGUCAUUUCCAUCGUGAUCAAGCAAGUUCUCAACUGGCUUCUGCGGAGGCUGGAGACUCCCUGCCGCUGCCCGGGCCGAGGGAACCGCCAUCCACGGAGGAAUGUGGUCGUUCCAGGCCACAUGAGAACCAGACGGGACAACUCCAUCGAGACUGACGCAGUCAAUGACAGCGAGGCUGAUGGACGGCGAAUGUCUGGAGAGAUGAUCUCCAUGAAGGACUUUCUGGCCGCUAAUAAAGUUAAUCUGGCCAUCAUGCAGAAGCAGCUGUCAGAGAUGGCCAAUGGACAUCCUCGCCAGUUAGGGAGCAGCUCACGUCACAACGAGUUCUCCGGAGGGGUUGGAGCGCUGGGAAUCAUGAACAACCGACUGGCAGAGACAAGUGUAGAUAGAUAAAUCCAGCAUUUAGACAUGUGAAAUAACCAGACGAACUCCACAGUAAAGCAUGACGACUUUUUUUCCAAACAAAGACAGGCAAAUACCAUAACUCUCAUCCUUUGGGUCUCAUUCACUAACAGUUGUGUAUAAACAUUCUUCUGUACAUGCGCAGACAAGGUUAGCUUGGAAAAUGUAUGGUGGAUUGACAACAGGUGUGUACAGGAUUAUUAUAGUUAACAGGAAAAAAAGAUAAAAUAUCUAAAAAAGAAUCACUUAUUUUAAUGCAGCUAGUUUCCAAAUCAACAUUUCUCAUUUUCAUUUAGUUUUAUUCGAAAUAUUAACUUAAACUUAAGUUGAAAUAAAAUUAAUAAAAACUAUACAGACCUUUCAAAAAAAAAACAAUAACUAAUAAAAAUGACAAUAGCACACAACGCAAUUACUAAAACAUUUACUAAAAUUAAAAAAAUAAAAUAGUAAGGGACUAAUUAAAAAACUAUACAUAUCCUUGUGCUAUUAAAUAUUUAUAUAUCUAAGACAUACAUUAUAGACAAGAUAUUUAAAUAUGUAAGAAUAUGUUCACUAUACUGUUUAAUUUUUUAUUUUUUUAGAAUGAUUUCUGAAGGAUCGUGUGACACUGAAGACAGGAGUAAUGAUGCUGAAAAUUCAGCUUUGCACCACAGGAAUAAAUUAGACUUGAAAAUAUAUUAAAAUAGACAACUGUUAUUUUAAACUGUAAUGUAUAUUUCACUUUAUGUUUGAUACAUUCCCAGUGGUUUCUGAGGCCACUAGGAGUCUUAAAUCCUUAAGUGUAAACAUUUUGAUAAAUCAUGAUUUCUGAGCAAGAAUGUUCGCACAGUUAGUGAACGAGACCCGUUUUUAAUGUAUUGCUGCUGAUUUUGCUUCAGUGUUGUGUUUAUCAUCUUUCACACUAAUCUCUCUAAUUGAGCCUUUGUUAACUUGUAGUGCAUUAAUCUGCAAACAAACAGAUGUAAUUUAUUACUAGGCCUUAGUUCUCUUGCAUAUUUCAGCUCUGUCACAGUAUGCUAAUAGGUUCAUUAUGCCUAACUUAUGGGGAAGAGCGACAUUUAUGCAUUAGUUCACACUGCAUUAGUUAUACUGAGAAUCUUUAAUGGAACUUUUCUACGAACUUCAUAGACAGAAAUCUGCAUGAAUAAUGUCUUAAUUCAUUAAUGCAACGAAAUCAUGAACUUUGUGUCUUCCUCAUCAAACUACUGGAUAAGUCAUAUCAAAAUUGUACUCGCUUCGCAGAUAGAUGUACUGUGAAAGGACAUAUAGAUAGGCUAAUGAACACCAUUAUAGAACAGUUUGUGACAAAAUAAAGAAAUAAACCUUGAAUUGAAUUAUGGUCUUUCUUAUUGUCUGUGAGUCUGUAUGUGGCUCGUCCAACAUGAAAUACUUAUAGAGCUAAUGGUUUUUUUCCACUUAGUGGCAGCACUCAGACAUAAAGAUGGAAUCGAGAGUCUUCAGAUCAAAUUACCAGAGCUACAAUAUGUCAUGAUGUUAGGGGGUUGCUAUGGAAACACUAACUCUGUGCAAGAGGGAUACCUCGUAUCCACCA